AUGAGUAAAACAACUACUGCAAGUGAUACUAAAAGUCAUUCAAGUCCAGUUUAUCGAAUUCCACCUUAUCAUUAUAUUCAUGUAUUGGAUCAAAAUACAAAUGUUACACGACUUGAAAUUGGUCCCAAAACAUUCAUUAAACAAGAUAAUGAAACAGUUAUUCUUGGACCCGAAAAGAUGAUCACAGUACCACCACGUCAUUAUUGUGUUGUUGAAUCACCUGUAAUACGUAAUGAAGCUGGAGAAGUAGAAUUUGAUGAAAAUGGUCAAGCUAAACUUAUUCAUGCUGAUUUGGAUAUUCGUCUUGCACAACCUGAUCAAGCACCGUUUCCUCUUUAUCCUGGUGAAGUUCUUCGUCAGCCUGUUACUCCUUUGAAAGUUGUACCUGCUAAUUCAGCAUUACGGCUCAAAGCUGUCCUUGAUUUUGAUGAUGAAACUGCUAAAGAACAACGUCGUGCCGGUGAUGAAUGGUUAUUUGAAGGUCCAGCUACUUAUAUACCUCGUAAAGAAGUUAGUGUUGAGGAACAAAUUCGUGCUACAGUUAUUGG